GGCAGAAGCAAUAGCGUCGAACACAAUCUCACAAAAUGGAACAAAAUACAGCUGAUUGUAGUGAACCAUCAAGCAAAAAGCGUAGAAAAGAUGAUUCGGAUACGCUCAACCAGACAGAGUGCGAAAUCGAUCACAUAAACCGUUUGCCAUACGAGAUACUUUGUAAAAUCUUUCAACACCUCUACCUGGAAGACCAGCUCCCGUGUGCGCUGGUCUGCAAACGCUGGUAUGCGAUUUUGCGCUCCGAACCGUUCCAGGAGCGCAUGAGCUUCAACUAUAGCCACUGCUUCGGGCUGCCGAUCGCGAGCCAUCACCUACAGUACAUGGCCAGUGCGUUCCACUGCGUGUUCGACGACUGUGGCUCCGACCCGGUCCCUGCCAAUCAGGCAAAGGUGCUCGAAAUGGUACGGAAGGCAACCGCUGCCAACGAUGUGCCGGGCCCAUCGUCCAGACCAACGCCGGCGAGCGCUGCCGGUUUGCUCACACCCGAGCAGCUACUGUUCUCCGGCGAGCUGCCACUGAAGAGCCUCCACAUCAAAGCAUCGUUCGAUCGGAUGCGCCGCUUUCUAGCCGAUCGGUUAAAGAACAUGCAAAACCUGCAGCACCUCACGCUUACCGUCUUGGCCGAGGUGGCGGGAGACGAGCUGCCGGAAAAGGCACCGCGCUGGGUAAUCGAGCACGGUACGCUCCCGAGCCUCACCUGGCAGCUGUUCGCCAACACGAACGGGUACGAGCUAAAGCUGCCGGCGCUCGAGCGCUACACGGUGGACGUUGCGAACGAUUUCGACCUGCACUAUCUGAUGGAGUGCAGCGAGCAGCUGGUCGAGCUGACCGUGUGGUUUUACUUCGAGCGCGCGAUGGAGCAAACACUUACCCGGCCGUUCCCGCGCCUAAGGAAGCUGCUGAUGAAGCGGUUCGACAAGGGUCCCCUCUCGCCCGAACCAAACACGCGCGGGGACGAUCUGGCCGCGGACCGGUUCGCGCAAAGUGCCCCGCUGCUCAAGGACCUUACCAUCGAUUCGUGCACGGUUGCGUACCGGAUCUUUCGUGCGGUGUGUCUCCACAAUGCCGGCACGCUGACACGGCUCACGCUAAGCGAUGUCAUCUUUCCGCGCGCCCUGUUUGUGCUCAUCCUCGAGCUGAAGAAUCUGGAGUUCCUGCGCCUCGAAGAGUGCAUCCUUGAGGAAGGAAGUCGGCUACGGCACGUCGACCUGCCGAAGCUCCAGCAGCUCGAGCUCAUCAACAGCGGCACCUGCUUCCGGCUCGAUGCUGGCUUUGCGCACGUGCGCCGGCUACAGUACAGCAUGGAUUCGCAGCUGUCGCGGCUCUGCCGCCACCUGACCAUGCUGGAGGAGUUGGAGAUAGUGCUGCGCACCAGGGCGCCCGUUGCGGAAGCGAUACGCGAACACUUCCGUUCCCUCGCCCUGCUGCCGGGUCUGCGCACGUUAACCAUCAACGGGAUGAAAACGAACACCCGCCCCUGGGACCACUGCCAACCGAUGCCAAACGUGGAGCAGCUAAUACUGCGCCGGUGCUAUCUGUUGCGCGGUAACUUUGCCCUGCUGCCGAAACUGUUCCCCGGGCUGAAAGUGCUCACGCUGGAAGGCACGAUGAUUGCGUACCGGCGGCUGCCGGACGGUGUGCAGCCGGUCGCUUUCUUGCAGCGCCGAUUAAAAGGCUACCUGCCGCGCUGCUCCGUGACGUUGCGUCACUGUGACGCCGAACCGGUCAGCACGGUGCUCAAGAUGGAGGACGAGGUACGGUGGCGGACGCAGCUGUUCGAGCAGGGCCACAUGAAGCAAAUACCCUACGGGCAGACGGAGGGGAAGAAAGAAAAGAAACGGCGUAAGAAGAUCUGGAAUGAAUCGAUGUGUGAUUGAACGGACCUUA